AUUAAAUAGGAAUCAAAUAAUAAUAAUGAUAAUAAAAAACCCCGCUUUUGAUCACUUUCAAAUCAAAACCACGCCGGCAGCGCAACGCAUCGGUGUUUACGUUCCGUGCAGGAACACCAAAUCCACUAACAGUUCCGCUCAAAACCAGCCAUCUGCAGCAGGAAGUGACGUUUCAUAUCGAGAGUGACUGGUCAGCCGAAGAAAAGGUCGUGUGUGUGUGUGUGAUGGAAGGGCUGUACACACACAGUGUGUAUCUGCUGCAGGAGCUGCAGGAGCAGAGGAUCCAGGGGCUGCUGUGUGACUGCAUGCUGGUGGUGAAGGGUGUGUGCUUCAAAGCACACAAGAACGUCCUCGCUGCCUUCAGCCCCUACUUCAGAUCCCUGUUCCAGAAUUCUCCAGCAGUGAAAAACGACGUGUUUCAUCUGUCUAUUCAGGAUGUAGGGGGCAUCGGACAGAUUCUGGAUUACAUGUACACUUCUCACCUGGAGCUUAACCCAGACAACGCGCACACACUGCUGCACGUGGCACAGAGCCUACAGGUGUCUAACAUUCUUAACAUGUGCACCGCGUACUUAAAGCCUGCCACCCCACCUCUUUCUCUGCCCGAUUGUGUCCUGGGUGGCCUUUUACCCGCAGAACCAGACUUGCAAAGCCCCGCCCCCAACGACAUCACCAAUCCCAACGUUCAAUACAGGCGACCCCAACAGACGACCGCGAUGUCAGCGGCCCCACCUACGGGCAACCUGGAGGCUACUAGUAGCCUUCCAGCUCAUGGUUACAAGCUAAGGAACUUCUACAGCAGGCAGUAUUUUAAGGAAGUGUCAGAGGAGCAGAAUAGCGCCCAAGGUGCCAAUCAGAGCCUUGCGAAGUUGCCCACGAAUCCAGACAACCAAUCGGUGCAUUUGGCUGCGACAAGCAACUCGAUACCACCGGACACAGGAAAUCCUGGUGUGUGUCAAACCAGUGUGCCGGUGAUGUCCCAGACGCUGACAUGCUAUACAAGCUCUACAGUGCCCGCCUCUUCAUCAUCAUCAUCGACUUCCUGUCCUAAUGCUCCUGUGCUACCUGUCAGCGUGGCAAAAAGCACCCCUGCGUGCCCGAAAAAGGCUGUCUAUCUCAAGAAGUUCAAUUACCACGUUUUGGAUGAGGUGGUGGAGCCCGAAGCUAUGAUUGACAGCUGCAGUUCAGAAAGAGACCAGCAGGUGGGGCCAGAGCACAGGCAAGAACUUGUCAGCCUAGACACUCCCACUGAGGAGCCGGCGGAGGAGCCUGAACCCAGGAUAGUGACCAACCCUGCUACACCACAGCGGGCUGAGCAGACGUGCCCACAAAAUCAGGUGUCGGAAGAGUCCAAUGUCGCGGAGAUGAGUAACAAGUGCUGCUGCGAAGUGUGCGGCAAAACAUUCAAACACCCCAGUAAUCUAGAACUGCACAAACGCUCACACACUGGUGAGAAGCCAUUCCAGUGUAAUGUGUGUGGCAAGAAGUUUUCCCAGGCGGGAAACCUGCAGACUCAUCUCCGCCGCCAUUCAGGAGAGAAACCCUAUAUUUGUGAGCUCUGUGGGAAAAGUUUUGCUGCAUCAGGAGAUGUUCAGCGGCACAUCGUGAUCCACUCAGGAGCCCGACCUCACCUGUGUGACAUCUGUGGACGAGGCUUUGGCAACCUCAGUAAUCUGAAGGAGCACAAGAAGACUCACAGUUCAGAGAAAGAAUUUAUCUGCGAUCAGUGUGGCAAGUCGUUCAACAUGCAGAGAAAACUAAUCAAACACACAAUGAGGCACACGGGAGAGAAACCGUACUGCUGCCAGACCUGCGGUAAGUGCUUCGCCGGGUCAGGUGACCUCCAGCGGCACGUGCGUUCGCACACAGGCGAGCGCCCGUACGUGUGUGAAACCUGCGGGAAAGGGUUCACGCGCACCGCAGUGUUACGCAGACACCGAAAUUCUCACUGCAAUGCCCAAACACGCGACUCUGCCCCCGCGGACACUGACUCGGACCCUCAACACACACACUCUCAACUGCACACCGUAACCCCCACCCAGUCUCAAGACUCUCCUCAGGCUGUUCCAAACCCUCCGGAAAGUUCCAGACAGGCCUCUCACGACUCCGCGUUAAACUCGCCGCACCCUUCCUCUUCGUCGUCUUGUCUCCCGGAUCUGCGUUCGAACGCUCCGCAUCAUUUUGCAUCCAAACCCCUCUCUUUGAACGCCAAGGCGCCUUUCUAUCCUCCAAGGCCCGCCCUGCACUCGGACUCCUCGUUCAGCUGGGACUCGUCAUGAAAAUGCCAUAUUGAGUCUUCGGUGUUUGGCGUCUGUUCAUUCUGUUGAUUAUUGAAGAGGAAUAAAAAAAUUCAUAAAUGA